UUCAGUCUGCACUCCUACACUACAUCAUGAUGCGGACUGUGCUCCUGCUGACGGCGGCUGUUCUGGGAGCCGCCGCCGACCAUCCGCCGCCCGCCGUGUCGUCCUACCAGGCCGGGGCGGCCGUCAGUGCGGCACCACAGCCCGUCCAGGACACCUACGAGGUGGCUGAGGCCAAGAGGGCCUUCCAGCAGGAGUACCAGAAGCUGGCCAGGGAGGCCGAACUGGCCCCCGACACCCACCAGUACACUGCGCAGCCCCAGUACUACCAGCAGCAGCCCCGUCCCGCCUACACCCUCGGCCAGGCCCCACAGCCCGUCCAGGACACCUACGAGGUGGCUGAGGCCAAGAGGGCCUUCCAGCAGGAGUACCAGAAGCUGGCCAGGGAGGCUGAACUGGCCCCCGACACCCACCAGUACACUGCGCAGCCCCAGUACUACCAGCAGCAGCCCCAGUACUACCAGCAGCAGCCCCGUCCCGCCUACACCCUCGGCCAGGCUCCACAGCCCGUCCAGGAUACCUACGAGGUGGCUGAGGCCAAGAGGGCCUUCCAGCAGGAGUACCAGAAGCUGGCCAGGGAGGCUGAACUGGCCCCCGACACCCACCAGUACACUGCGCAGCCCCAGUACUACCAGCAGCAGCCCCGUCACGCCUACACCCUCGGCCAGGCCCCACAGCCCGUCCAGGACACCUACGAGGUCGCUGAGGCCAAGAGGGCCUUCCAGCAGGAGUACCAGAAGCUGGCCAGGGAGGCUGAACUGGCCCCCGACACCCACCAGUACACUGCGCAGCCCCAGUACUACCAGCAGCAGCCCCGUCCCGCCUACACCCUCGGCCAGGCCCCACAGCCCGUCCAGGACACCUACGAGGUGGCUCAGGCCAAGAGGGCCUUUCAGAUGGAGUUCGACCGGCGUGCUACCCUGGCCCAGUCUUCCUCGUACAACUGA